AUUUUUCAGAUACAAACCAUACUGCAAAUUUUUUAACUAAUGAAAUUCAAAAAGUUCUUAUUGAUAUUGAAGUUAAAAAGUUUAUUAGUAUAGUAACAGAUGCAGAAUCAAAUAUUAAUUUA